CUUCAUUAUAGUGCCUACACUCGUAGGAAGUAGAUGGUUGAGUCGAACAGAGCAAUUUUCUACGUGACGAAAAAAAAGUGAGAGAAAGAAGGAAAAAAAGAAAGGGGGAAAAACGACAUAUGUACUCACUCAAUUUCGCGUAAUUUGUUUUCGGGCUUAAUCUUCGAAUGGUUUUUACGCAAUUACGGUGUGAAUUACACGUAUUAUAGAGCGGCGGCGGCAAAUUGCUUGAUUAAACCCUCAUUAAACCGAAUCGAAAAGGAAAGGGAGGACCGAAAAUCGGUGGAAAAGGUUUUCGGGGAAAUCGAAGUGCGCGUGGAAGUGCAACCCAAGUGAUUUAAACAAUGAUAGUUUGAUUUCCAAUUGUUAUUGCAUUCGUUUUUUUCGCUCGACGGCGAGAGAAAAGAAAUAGAGAAAGAGAUUUUCUUUGGAUUUCCAGUGAUAAAUAUUUUUUUAAAUUUAUUCAAUUUAUUAUCUUGUUGUUUGAGAUAUAAUCAUUUGGUGCAUCUGAAUAUUUUGUUGUUGGUGCUUUGGUGGAGAUAACUUAAAUUCGUCCAAAGUGGAUAUCAAACCUUUCACGACGUUGAACUUCACGGAUCUGGGGUCCCCAUUUGGGGGUCCUAACGAGGAGCCGCCGGGUACGCCGUCAAUGUCGGGAGAGGCACACAUCGGACCGCCGACGCCACACGAUGGGGGCGGCGGGACUUCGGUGACGCCGGUUUCGAAGAGUGCCUUCAUCGAACUCCAGCAGCAUGGAUACAACCCCCUUCGGACGCCCUAUCAGCAUCACUUCAACUCGCCGGCGGCUGCAGCAGCCGCGGCAGCAGCCAACGCUCACGGGGGCGGCGGUCCGGUCUCCGCUCACGACGGCGGCUUUCCAAGCCCAAGGGGCGCCCUCGGUGCUUACCCUUUUCCUCCGAUGCACCAGAAUUCGUACCCCGGCUACCAUCUCGGAUCGUACGCCUCCAACUGCCCCCCAUCACCCAAAGACGACGAUUUUGUUUAUGUGACAGACAAAUGUUUGGCUCUGGAGAGGCCGUCGGGUGGAAGCAAAGGAAAGAAGAUGAGGAAGCCAAGGACGAUAUACUCGAGCCUCCAGCUGCAGCAAUUGAAUCGACGGUUUCAGAGGACACAGUACUUGGCACUGCCAGAAAGGGCCGAACUAGCAGCAAGCCUGGGCCUCACGCAAACGCAGGUGAAAAUUUGGUUUCAAAAUAGAAGGAGCAAGUACAAGAAGAUGAUGAAAGCAGCCCAGGUGACGGGUGGCAACAACAACAACGGAACGCCCGGAGGCCACGCGGGUCUUUUGGGUGCCAGCGCCAAUCUAUCCUCGACUAGUCCCGGACCUCAGGCCCAGAACAUGAUGCAAGGUGGCGGCAGUUCUAGUGGAUCGCCGGCGACAGGGUAUAUGCAGCAUUCCUCACCGACGCCGAGUUCAACCCCCGGCUCUGAUAUGUCAGGUCAACCGGCUGCCAGCCCCGGUUGGGACGUGAAGCCUCAGCAGCCUAUUCACCCGCCGCCUCAUCCCGCCUCCCAUCCGCACCCACCCCACAACUACCUCCCACAGUACACGUGGUACGGACCCGACAACCCCGGACUACUAACGGUUUGGCCAGCGGUGUAAUCAAGAAGCAGAGCAUAACUAUUAAUAUAAAUAUUAAAAGAGAAAAAAAUGUUUAAUAAAAUAACGAGUGAUUAGUUACUAAAUUAGGAAAAUAAUUGAAUCGCGAAGUGGUUGUAAAGACAAAGUGAUCGAAGAUGAAUUGUUUUAUUAUUUUUUGAUUGUUUGUUUUUCUUUCGUUUAGUUUUUAAAUAAAUCUAUUAUGUUCCGACGGUUUUCUCGAGUGACACGACACGAAGAACAAGUAAACUAUUUCUGUUUUGUCAAUUUUAUUACUGUAACUCCCCAGCAGCGAGAGAACUUUUCAAGGAAAUCACCGGAAAUAAGAGGAAAUCCAAGUGACGUGUAUGAUAUUAGUGUGUAAAAAGAUAAAUUAGGCGCGUGAAAUCAGAAAUAAAAAAGUUUUUCCAAAAAAAAAAAA